UCCGGUCCGAGAGAUAUCUGUACAGACAGAGGAGACUUCACCAAACUUGUUAUACAUAGCUUCUAGGCUAUCCACUGAUGACAUGGGGCUCUAUCAGAGUAUUCUGUCUCAAGAUCCUGUACUUCCAGAGGUUUUAAUGGAUGGAGAUGACGUUCAGGAAGAAAAAAAGACGAGAUCUGUUCAAGAAUCAGAACAAGGAGAAAAGAAUUCAACCUACAGAGUUGAUGACAUGUCACCAAAAGAGCCAUUCACACAAAGAUUGUUUCAUAGAAUUCCUUUAAGGAAAACUGCACCUAGAGGUAGGGCCCAUGUUAUCAAGAGGACUACUAAUAGGACUACAACACAGUCCAUUGUUAAUGCAAACCAAGACAGUACACUCAAGACAAAUGAUAUAUCUGGAGAGAAUCUUCUCCCAUCUUGCUCUUCAUUCCUUAAUAUAGACACCCAUAAAAGUCAGAGCUCAUUAAAGAAUUUGGAAUCGGCAAAGGAAGUUCAUAAUAAAAUUCCGAAACAACCAUGGUGUAGACAAAAAGUUAGUAAUAGCAUUGACAAUAUGUCAAAUACUGUCACAGAUGAUGAUGUUUGUUCAUCUCUAAAUAGUGCUGCAGUUAUUCGAGAAUAUAAGAAAAUCAUCUCAAAUCGUAAAUCAAACAUUCUGUCGGGUGGCAGUUUAGGUGAAGGGACAAAAUCUGCAGAAAGUAGACAGGACAUCGCUGACACAUCACUUGAGGCUGACACUGGGGUGAACAAAGGACAAUGUAUGGGAGAGAGAAAUGAUAAUAGUUUGUAUCCUGUAAACACAGAUAUAGCUAAACAUGAUAGCCCUAAGAUUGCACUACCUUCUUUAGAAACAAAAAUAGCAUUUAACACAGAGGCAACUUGUGAGUUUAAUGAAGAAAGAACAGAAAAUCCAAAUAAGGUAUCUUGUCAUAAAGAAGGAACAGAAGAUCUGGAUAAUGUAUCUUGUCAUAAAGAAAGAACAGAAGAUCUGGAUAAUGUAUCUUGUCAUGAAGAAGGAACAGAAGACCUGGAUAAUGUAUCUUGUCAUAAAGAAAGAACAGAAGAUCUGGAUAAUGUAUCUUGUCACGAAGAAGGAACAGAAAAUCUGGAUAAUGUAUCUCGUCAUGAAGAAGGAACAGAAGAUCUGGAUAAUGUAUCUUGUCAUGAAGAAGGAACAGAAGAUCUGGAUAAUGUAUCUUGUCAUGAAGAAGGAACAGAAGAUCUGGAUAAUUUAUCUUGUCAUGAAGAAGGAACAGAAGACCUGGAUAAUGUAUCUUGUCAUGAAGAAGGAACAGAAGAUCUGGAUAAUGUAUCUUGUCAUGAAGAAGGAACAGAAGAUCUGGAUAAUGUAUCUUGUCAUGAAGAAGGAACAGAAGAUCUAAAUAAUGUAUCUUGUCAUGAAGAAGGAACAGAAGAUCUGGAUAAUGUAUCUUGUCAUAUCAAUAACUUGAAUAGUAAGAUAGUCGAAAAUGAUCUUCAUGUAUUUGAAGAAACAGUUGAACAUGCCCAGGAGAUGACUGACAAAACUGUUACUAAAGAGACAGAAGUUAUAAAGGCAAACAUUGUACCGUUUGUAUCUGCAUCUGUAAAAACAGUUAUGGGAAAAUCUGUAAAUCAAUUGUGGAAAGAGCAGCACAAUGAUAAAAACAAAAAGAAAUCAAAAAAUGUGGAGAGUAAGAUAAGGAAAAAUGCUAAACGAAAGAAAAACACAAACACAGACAAUAGUGAAACUAUUCAUAAGAAUACAAAUUUGAUUGCAGACAGUCCUGUUUCAACAGGUAAUUAUGGAAUAGAAAAUUCCAGCAAUAGUUCAAAUAAUGCUUCAUUAGGAGGAGUUGCUUCCUACAAAAGAUGGCAACAUGAAAAUUUAUUGAAGAAAAAGUCCUUUGUUACUCCAAAAGAGGACUGCAAUAAUAAUGAAACAUGUGGUAAUAAUUGUGACAAUUCAAUAGCAAUACAAAAUUCACAUAAAAAACUAUGUUACACUUUUGAUCAAAAAGAAGAUUCUGGCCAAAACAGAAAUAAACAGGACAAAAUCAAAAUGUGUGGACAGCCUCAGAAAGAUUUAUUCUCCACAGGAGGGAGUGGUGAUAUAAAAGGAUCUGAAAAUAACAAUGCCUACAGUGAUUCACAUACACAUUAUAAAAGUAUGUCUCCAAUAUUAGAAUUACAAGAACCAGAUGUUUUACUAGAUAACAACUGUUUUAAAAGUCUCCUCCCUCCCCUAUUGAGACCAACAUUAACAGUAGAGGCAGUAGUUCAUCCAUCUAUGAACGAAAUGAACAAAUUUCAACAGAAGGAACAAAGUUCUGUCCAAGGGCUGCAUUCCAAUCGUGAUCAAUCUCAAAAUAAACAGAUACAAGAAUUACUAGGACAACUUGAUAUAAGUGAUAUAGUUGGUGCAUCAAGUAUAAAUAGUACACCAGAAAAGAUGAGGAAAGAGGAAAUUAAAAAACUAAAUCCUAAGAAACCUAAGAUCAUGAAGAGGGCAAAAAAAGAGAUAGAAAUAACUAGAACAAGGCAUAUUAGAAGUUGUGCUCCUACUGUGUUUUAUAAAAAAGGCAAGAAAAAACUACAGAAGCUUGACACACAGCUAGUCAAAUCUGCAAAUAAUUUAGGCAAAAACAAUCAAAUAGAGGUAAAUCAUCAUUUGUUGGAAAAAGAAUUCGGAAAAGCUACAAACCAUGAACCACUGAGCAAUAAGGAUAUCAAUGACCAUACCAUGGAAAGUAACAAAGAUGUCGCUCAUAGUUCACAGAAAAUAACCACCAUUUCUGCCCCACCACCAAUCACUGGACGUAUAAUCAGAAAAAAGUGUAUUAAUAUGAAGAGAAAAAGGUCUAAUGAAGAAAAAAUUGCUCCACUUAAACUCAGAAAAAUAAGUUCCACUGAAAAAAGUGCAUGUAUAAAUGACUUUUCUGAUGAUCAAGCUAAAAUUGUAGCUUUAGAUCAAAUAAUAGAAUAUCACAAAAAAGAAGCAAGAAUUCCUUUUAUGGAAGAAAAGGAAUUUGAAAACAAAGAUGUAGAAGGAUCUGAAAUAUUGAGUUCAAAAACUUCAGUAGCUGAUGUAUACAAUGAAGACAAACAUGAAAAGGAAAAAGACAUUACUAAAGAUGUGUAUUGGAACCAUGGUGCAACAUCCGGGAUGGAAGGUAUUGUUGAAUUAGAAGUUGAUGAGGGAGAUAACAUUGAAUCUGGAAUUGGGUCUGAUUCUGAUUGCAAUAACAGAGAUAGUGGGGAUUUGAAUGGGGAACCAGAUUGUGUCAAUGUCCUUGGUAACAACACCAAUCUUGAAGGUCAAAUAUCAACUUAUGGAUUAGAUACAAAGAUAGAUAAUAUUUUGAAAAGAACAGAUGAAGACCAAGAAAGUGUGGACUUUGAAGAAAGCAGAAAUGUAAUGAAGGCAGGGUUCAAUAACUCCCAGAACAAUGAUAGUUUAAGUGAAUGUUCUAGUCUAAGCAAUGAAAACCAAGUGGAAAUGAACAGCGAGAGAUGUAAUGAAUCAGAUGUAAACCUACAUACUGCAGACAUUGAAGAGAUGACAGAUUUUAUAGCUGGUAGAAUAAAGGAAAAAGCUGCAAAAAAACAUAUGAAGUUUGAAAAGAUUGGAAGAGGUACAGCAGGAUGGGAAGAUUCAUUAAGACAGAAACCUAGAAAGACGGAGAUAUUUCAAGUCAAUCCUGCUCCUCAGAAAAAGUCUAAAGAUGCUCAAGACUCUGGUUCUGGAAACAGUGAAGUGAAAGAAAGGAGUAAAAAAACUAAACCUGGAAGGCCCAGAUUGCAUGAGAAGGCCAGUGGAGACCAUGAAAUUGAUCCAACCUUAGAAAUAAGAACAGACCACAAAUCAUCUGAUGAUCCAAACUUUGGGCAGGUAGUUUGGGGCAAGCUAGGAAGACAGCGCUGGUGGCCUGCCAUUGUUGUGGAAGGUUAUAUGGUGCUGAGAAAACAAGCAGAACCUGGUCAUUCAUGGCUGUUUUGGUUUGGAGAUCACAAAAUUACUGAGGUUUCCAGAGAGAGAAUUGUUCCAUUUGUUGCAAACUUUAUCAGAAUGUAUGAAGGUAAAACUAUAGGAAACCUCUUCAAACAUGGAGUAGAAGAAGCCAUCAAGGUUUGUGCUGAGAGAUGUAACAACAAUGAUUCUACAAUCCAACUUUUGGAUUGGGCAACAAAAGGAUUUUUAGACGAAAACACAUCUUCAACAUUUGAUAGCAAUGUUUUCCUUCCUUUAAAAGAAAAACCAUUGUCAGAUUUUGUCUUGGAGGCGAUCAGUGAAUUAAGAUCAACAAUGAGAAGGAACAUAGAUGACAGUGAUGAUGAAAAUGAUGAUUUAAAACCAAGAGGUCAAGGUGAUGCUCUUGAUGAAGUAAAAAGCAAAGAAAGAAAACUUGAAGAAAUCUGUAUUUCCUGUAAUGAUAUCACACAAGAGGUUGUACAUCAACAUCCAUUAUUUGUGGGAGGAUUGUGUAGAGAAUGUAAGCAAGAACUGAUAGAAUCUUUCUUUGCUGUUGGAGAGGAUGGCACAGGGAUGUUUUGCAUUGUGUGCUCCAGUGGUGGAAAGUUGUUUGUCUGUGAGGAAUCAGAGUGUAACAAUGUAUAUUGCUUGGAAUGUAUACGACUGUUCGUAGGUGAAGACCACGUUGAAAAGAUAAAACAAGCUGAUCCGUGGAAAUGCUUUUUGUGUCAUCCAUAUUCUCUGGAAACGCAUGGUUAUCUAAUACCUAAAACUGACUGGAUGCGUAAUAUUCUUAGACUGUAUAACACAGGCUAUCAAGUACAGGAGCAGGAUUUAAGUUACCUCCUAGUAGGAGAAAAGAAAAAACUAAGAGUUCUCUCCCUGUUUGAUGGAAUUGGAACUGGAAAGGUGAUUUUGGAUUCAUUAGGGCUAGACAUUGAAGUAUACUACACAUCAGAAAUAGACCAGGAUUCCAUGUUAGUGACAUCCUUUCAUUAUGGUGAUACUGUGACUCCUAUUGGGGAUGUGACCAAAUUAACUGAAGAAAAGUUAAAAGAAAUCAGUCCAAUAGAUUUGGUGAUUGGUGGAUCCCCAUGUAAUGACCUAUCUUUAGCCAAUCCAGUGAGAAAAGGUUUUUCUGAUUUCAGCAGCACAGCUCUUUUGUUCUUUGAUUAUUUUCGUAUACUACAAUAUGUACAAAAUUUAUCUGACGGGCAUCACGUCUUCUGGCUGUAUGAAAACGUGGCUUCAAUGAGAAGAGAAUAUUCUGAUGUAAUAUCCAGGUUUUUACAGUGCCAGCCAGCAUUAUGGGAUGCUAAGUAUUUUUCAGCACAAGCCAGGCCAAGAUAUUUUUGGGGCAAUAUUCCUGGAAUGUAUAGCACACCAGAUUUAUCUGAUAUUAAACUCACAGCAGACCUAGAUGAUAUUCUGUCUAAUAAAUGUAACAGAAAAGCUACAGUAAAGAUAAUAAGGACUGUUACAACAAGACAGAAUUCUUUGAAGCAAGGAAAAAAUGAUGCUUUCUUCCCUGUAACGAUGAAUGGCAAAGAUGAUAUUAUCUGGAUUUCUGAAUUAGAAAGAGUUUUUGGAUUUCCAGAUCAUUAUACAGAUGUAGGGAACAUCACAGUUACUAAACGUCGACAGAUGAUCGGAAGAGCAUGGAGUAUACCAGUUGUGAAGAAAAUUCUUAAUACUCUUACAGAUUUCUUUGCUGUCAGGAACGUGGAAGAAAGUCCUAAAGAUUAAACUUUAAUUGGUCAAUCACUAGCAUAAAAUUGAAGACUUGCUUUUUAUUUUCCUGAUAUAUAUAUUCAUGAAAACAAGUGACAGUUUACACAAAGUUUUUUUG